AUGGGCGGCAGCGAAGCCAUCAUAUCGGCGCUGCAGCGCGGCCUGGAGAAGCACGGCGGCCGCCUGCUGCUGCGCUCCCACGUGGAGCAGGUGGCGGUGGAGGGCGGCCGCGCGGCAGGCGUCGUGCUGCGCGCCCGCGGCGGCGGCGGCGACGGCCGACGCGAGGUCGUGCGCGCGCGCAAGGGUGUGAUCUCCAACGCGUCGGUGUGGGACACGGCGCGCCUGCUGCCAGAGGGGUCUGUGCCGAAGGAGUGGCGGGCGCGCAGCGUGGCUACGCCGCAGACGGGCAGCUUUGUGCACCUGCACCUGGGGAUUGACGCCAGCGGGCUGCCCGCUGACCUGGACUGCCACCACCUGUUUGUUGACGACUGGUCUGACCUGGAUGCCCCCCAGAAUGUGCGCAUCGCCAGCAUUCCCACGGUGUUCGACCCCUCCCUGGCGCCGCCCGGCAAGGCUGUGGUCCACGCCUACACCGCGGGCAACGAGCCGUACUCCCUCUGGGAGGGCGUGAGGCGCGGCAGCCCCGAGUACGCGGCCCUCAAGGAGCAGCGCUCACAGUGCCUGUGGAAGGCUCUGGAGCGCGUGAUCCCCGACAUCAGGGAGAGGGCAGAGCUCACGAUGGUGGGCACACCCCUCACGCACGAGCGCUUCCUGCGCCGCAACCGGGGCACCUACGGCCCCGCCAUCUCCGCCCGCGGCGGCACGUGGCCGGGCAACGGGACGCCGCUGCCGGGGCUGAGCGUCUGCGGGGACAGCUGCAUGCCGGGCAUCGGCGUGCCGGCGGCCGCCGCGUCGGGGAUGAUGGCCGCCAACGCCCUGGCGCCCGUGUGGUCCCACCUCAAGACCCUGGACGAGCUGCGCCUGUGA